AUGACAUCCUUCAACCCCCUCCCAGCUCACGUACAGGCAGCGCAAGAUCAGUUCACGUCGGACGGAAUACCGACGCCAACGUAUAUGGGGAUGGUAGAUACUGGUGCUCAAUGGGAUUAUAUCGUUGGUAAAGACGGGCGCAGGAGCCGGACACCAUCCAGAUCACCACAUAGGUCAGCAACAGAACCAUCCGUACAUCGACCAUCCUCUCUGUCUCAGUCGCAAACACCGGAUCAACCUCCUCUCGGAUCAUCUUUCCCCUCGACCUCUGCUCAUCCCCAAGAACCUACUAUCAACGAGGAAGCAGCUGCGGUCGUUUCACGAAGUAUGAACGCACAGCAGUAUCAACAGCAACAACAGGAACAGCAGCAUCGACAGACUAAUGGCAAUGGUAGUUCAUCCAGAAGUGGAAGGAGUAAAACUAGGAUUGUAGGAGACUGGCAAUUAGGUAAAACGCUAGGUGCAGGUAGUAUGGGCAAAGUCAAACUUGCAAUAAAUGUUAUAACCAAGGAAAAGUGUGCGGUCAAGAUCAUCCCUCGGUAUACUGAAGCCACUCGUCGCGAAGAACCCAAAACACCCGAAGAAGCUGAGAAACAACGCCAGCGUGAUGAGUCGAAAGAGAUACGUACGAUAAGAGAAGCUCACAUCUCCCUAUUACUUCAUCAUCCAUACAUCUGCGGUAUGCGCGAAUUCAUCUCACAUCAGAAUCAUCAUUACAUGGUAUUCGAGUUCAUCGAUGGAGGCCAAAUGUUGGAUUACAUUAUAUCACAUGGAAGGUUGAGGGAAAGAGCAGCUCGGAAGUUUGCUAGACAGAUUGGAUCGGCUCUAGACUACUGUCAUCGGAACUCCAUCGUUCAUCGUGAUCUGAAGAUUGAAAAUAUCCUAAUAUCGAAAAAUGGUAAUAUAAAGAUCAUCGAUUUCGGUCUAUCCAACUUAUACGCACCCAAUAGACAUCUCUCCACUUUCUGCGGUUCACUCUACUUUGCCGCACCUGAAUUGCUCAAUGCUAAAGCCUAUACCGGACCUGAGGUCGACGUCUGGUCUUUCGGUAUCGUCCUCUACGUCUUGGUCUGCGGUAAAGUCCCCUUCGAUGAUCAGAGUAUGCCAGCGCUACAUGCCAAAAUCAAGAGGGGUGCUUGCGAAUAUCCCGCUUGGCUCAGUGCGGACUGCAAACAUCUGCUCAGUCGGAUGCUCGUCACCAACCCUGCUGAACGAGCAACUCUUACCGAAGUCCUAUCUCACCCAUUUUUAACGAAAGGUUAUGAAGGUCCACCUGAUUCUUGUCUCAUUCACCGAGAACCCCUACGUGCCGAUGAAUUAGAUUGGGAAAUAGUUCAAAUGAUGGAAGGAUUCACUUUCGGUUCACCUGAACAAAUUUACGAUGACCUACGUGCGGUUCUCACUUCAGAUGCUUAUCUAUCGUGUGUCGCUGCCUACGAAGCUCGCAAAGAUCGACGAAGAGGCCCUUCUAUGUCCACCUCUAGUAUGGACGUCAGCAACGUAACCGACUCUCCGAAGAAGAAGCGUUUUAGUGGAUUCGAUUUCGCCAAGAAGAAGCUAUUCAAAGAGGAGAAGAAGGUCGAAGAACCGGUUGUAAAGGAGAAGGAACCCUUAGAUCCAACUAGAGGAUUUGAUCCACUUAUAUCCAUCUACUUCCUUGCUAGGGAGAAAGUCGAGCGGGAACGAGUAUACGGCAAAGGUCAUUUCGCAUCUUCCACCAUGUCAAUCGAGGGAAACGAUGCAACUCAAGGCUAUGGUCGACAAGUCGCUCAGCUGCAACCACCCACUCAUGCUAUGGGUGGAGCAUAUGAUUCUGGUAAUCUACCUCAACCUCGCCAGCGUACCGAAGAGGUUCCCAAUCCCGUCAUGCAACAUCCUCGUGCCGAUCAGGAACGUUCCAACAUCGCUGAUGUACCCCAUGCGCAUUCAAGACAACCAUCUCUUAGCCAACCUCCUCUCCCUUCAUCCCUUCAACCCAGCCCUAUACCUAUCAGCGAUGAAGGUUUGACUAAGAAAUUCAGUUUGCUGGGCAGAGGUCCACGCCCUGCUUCCUCAGCUGCUCCUUCACGUGCAAGCUCAACCAACGUCCCUCCUUCUCAAGGUAUGACACCUUCUCCAUCAAUGCCGCUCACCGCUGUAGGGGAUCACCGACGAGCUACCACCGUUUCCGACAAGGCUACAAAGCAUGAACGACGUGUCUCAGUAGGCAGCAUCUCCAACAUAUCCAGUACGGUCGGUAGAGCCACUGGUCUCGGUCGAAGAUCCUCACAGCGCGAGCGUAAAGGCACACCUAACGAGCCAUCAUGGUUAAACACGCCGAAAGAAGCGGACGAAUAUCACCCAGCACAGUCAUCAGUACAUGCAGAAGAUGCUGCCAACCUGGAACCGGAUCUUCAAUCUGAACUAGGUGCUGGAACAGUAUCCGAUACUCACUCUAGCAGUGAUGUCAAGUCUGUUUACCUCAAAGGCUUAUUCUCAGUAUCUACAACAUCGACCAAACCUGCUACUCAACUUAUUCGAGACGUUUCAAAUGUCCUGAAUCGACUGGGAAUCAAACAUCGUCCUAUCAAAGGUGGAUUCGAAUGUGUACAUAUCCCUUCGAUCGACCUGAAUAGCGUUGUCAAUGGUGACGAAGCGAAUACGAGCUUACAUUCAGUCAACCAACAACCUGUGCAGAGCAGGAGGAAACCCUCACUGAGGAGGAAAUCGAGUAAACAAAACAUGAAUGGAAGUAGGACUACCUCUCCUGCGCCAAACAAGGCUUUACAAGCUGGAUCCAGUGGGACGUUCAGUAUGGGUGAACCGCAUACUCCUUCUACACCUGGAAAGAGAAGUACGCCUGGUGGACCACAUGUGCCACAAGAGGAGGAUGAGUUGGACGCUUGGGCACUGGCUCAGUCCGGUGCAGCAGGUAGUAACCUGAUCGUGAGAUUUGAGAUAUUUGUUGUGAAGGUAUCAUGGAUGCCUUUACAUGGUAUACAAUUUAGGAGGGUAGGAGGUGAUGGUUGGCAAUAUCAGAUGUUAGCGAAAACUAUCCUGAGAGAAAUGAGACUAUAA